AUGUUAAGAAAUAAAUUUAAUUUGCUUUUAUUAAAUUUAUUUCUUUAUUUACUAUAUUUAUUGCUGCAAAUGAUUCUUCUGAAUAAGAAUAUAAUCCUGAAGGAUCUGAAAAAUUAUUAUCAGAAGAUUCUUUUGGUGCAUAUAAUUGUUCUGAAGAAUAUAAUUCUGAAAAUAAUGAAGAAAAGAACAAAUAAUGAAGUAAUGGAAGGAACUUCAACUAGUCUGCAAAAUAUAUUGGCAAAGAACAAAUUGGAUCAGAUAAAAGAAGGCCAACAUAAAAUAUUUGGAAACGAAAUAGAAAUAAAAAGAGAAUUUUAUUUAGAUCCAGAUACACAGAAAAUAAUUCUUGAUAAUUAUAUGAGAGAGAAUGUUGAAUUUAAAGAGGCAUUUGAACGUUAUAAGCAAACUUAUAGAUCAAAAAAUGAAAUUGAGGAGGCUUUUAUUCAAGGAUUGUGUGUAUUACAUUUAUAUGGAAAUAUCCCCGCAAAAAGAUUAGAAACAUAUUUUAAAAUGGAUCGUGUAUUUUUAAAGGGAAUACUGCAUGCAAGAAAAAUUCAUAUUUUUAAUGAUAUAGGAGGAAAACCAUUAAAAUUUAAAAAUGAAGAUGAACAAAAUGGAAAAAUUGAACAAAUUACAGAACUACUUGCUGCAAAAAGUAAAGAAAAAUGUGGAGGAAAAUGGGAAUUUAAUGGAGAAAUUCAUUUCCGUCCAUUAGAAGCAAAAAAAUUCUUUAACAACAUUUUAAAUUUGGCUAGAGAUGUAGAAAAAAAUAAAAAUUCAGAAAACGAUUUCUUGCAAAUAAUUAAAAGAAAUAAAUGGUAUUCUGAAUUUUUAGAUUCUGCUGAUGUAAAAAUAGAGGGAGAAAAACAAAAUAUACAAAUGUUUAUGACUAAAUUUAGAGGAAUUAUUUAUGAUUUUAAAUGGGAAUUAAUUUGGAGUUUUAAAAAAAGGUCAAGCAUUUAUGUUCACAACGCUGAAGAAUCCGCUAACAAAAUUUGUGAUCUUCUAUUAUUUCGUUUAUUACUCGAAUUUUUAAAUUCAAUGACUAAGAAUGAAAAUUUCAUCAAAUUUUUUUAUUCAAGUACUGAAAUAGAUUAUCUGGAGACAAAGAAAGGGGAAAAUAUUGAACUUGCUUAUAUUUUAAUUAAAUUAUUUAACGAAUAUAAUAAGAAACCUGAGGAAUUUUAUAAUUUAGAAUUAAAUGAAAAGUAUUCGGAAAAUACAAAGAAAAUGAUAACAAGAAAAGUUGAGGAAUUUAUAGAAAAUUAUAUUGAUGGAGAAUUGAAUGUUGUUGUUGAUCGUUUGAAAAGAAAUUAGAAGGAAUAUUUCAUUCUGAAA